CAAAUCAAUCCGACGCUGCUGCCACCUGAUUGCGGAAGACAUGCGGAGGAGUUUCUGAACGCAUUCCCUGACAGAUUACCUAAAAAUGCUGGAAAACUUGAGAGAAAAGUUCUAUAGUGUGCAGCAGGAUCUUACAGAAAGUCUGCGAAAUUUCACGCUAGGAGAGGCCUCUGCCCAAAAGCACAAGUUAGAGCAUGACUAUGAAAGGCGUCUCACAAAUGCUGGAGCAGAGCUACUCCAUUACUACCAGUCAACUUGGGAAGAAAUUCAUAAUGGCAACGAAGAAAACGCCAAGAAAGCAGAAGAGGUGGAUACUCUCAUUGACACCAUGCACUGCCAGUUCCAUCAGCAGUUGUCGUGGAUGCAGCAACUAAAUCAGCAACUAGGACAACUACCAAAACUUCAACAAAAUGUGCAAGAUCUGAUGAAGACCAUUGGUGAACUAGAAGGACUUUUUGAAGAAGUAGAACUGCAUCUUGUAGGAUUAGAAGACAUCAUAGAAACACAAGCCUUGCAAGAGAGGCAGCUGGAUGAAAGGUUUAAGCUGGCUCUCUACAAAGAGAAAAAGAUGGCUCACUUUGAGGAACUAAGAGAUAAACUAGAAGAGGACCAUCAGCUGAGACUUCAACAGGUGGAAGAGCAUGAGCGGCACAUUUUGCAGGAAAGACAGCAGACUUUUGAUGAAGUGUUUCGCAAUGACUUGGAGCUCUACAAAGCACAGGGGAAAAUUGAACGUAUCCCUGCAAACUCAAACAAGCAAGCAGCCCUGGAGGAAAUUGAUUUGGAAGGUGAUGAGCAAGCCCAAGCAGCCCUCAACGAAUUUCUUGAAGACACAGACCCUCCUCUUUCAGCCGACAUAUCAUUUCCUUCUGGUGACACCAGUGAAAGUGAUGCAGCUGUUAUUGAUGAAGCUGGAUGCAAACCAAAAGAUACAGGACUGUGUGAUACUGCUAAAGCUUAAGUCAUUUCAUUGCACACAAAAUAUUUGAAGGGAAUGUGCAUACAGCAAGGAGAGAAAUGCUAUGAUAUAUUGCCUUCCAAGUGUCAGAUGGUAAUGUGAAUGCUAGUUUCACUUCUUACUGACAUUUGCAGUAUUUUUCUUAUCUCUCUAUGAGAAGCCAGUGGUAGAUGUUACCCUGGGAAUCUCUUGCAGCCAGUCAUUUUCCUAGUAAGCAACACUGGUAAACCUCAUUGGGUUUGACCAGAUACUGUGUAUGUUGAAUGAAACGGGAUAAACAGCAACGGGUCAGGAGAAGAAUAUAGUGAGCUUCUCUGCUGUGACGUUACAGCAUGCUUUUUAAAAACUAGGACUACUUCGAGAUCUAGAUGUCAACUGUGAUAAAGCUGUGAAGGCUCAAAUCAGAUGCUUGCUCUACAUAUGUUGCUUUUGUCCCAGUACUACAUUAGUUUCAUAAUUUCUAUUUAUUAUGACGCCAUUCCCAAGGUUAUGGAUGCAGGCAUUGUGUUUUAGUUAUUUCACACACCUGAAAUAUGAGUACCGUAAUUUCACGCGUAUUAGCCGUGGCUUAUACACGUUUUUUUUUUUUUUUUAUCUCACGGGCACUCUGCGGCUUUCUGCUGACUAUUUUUCCCUGGUACUUUCCCUAUGCGCUGGUUUUAACGAAAGGUCCAACCGUGUCUCUGGAACAGCACCGCCCUGCCAAUGCACAAACAAUGCGUAACAGAGGUGCAUCUACGUUCGAGUAGGCUGACCUUCCUGGUGGGUUCCCCCAAGCAGCUUUAACGAAAGUGGUGACAGUGAUUCAUGUCUUCUGGAAGGCCACUGACCCGUCAGUCCAUGAAAACACACAACAAGGGCACAAUCCGAUCUUGGUAGAACACUAGAACUGACCUCCAUUGUUGUACACCCUGUCGACCCCAGAGUAUGGACCACAGGAUUUAUGGCCUUCUCUAUGGUCUCCUUUAUCGCACAAAUCAGUCGCAUCGUAUUGCCCGCGGCUUAUCUGCCCGAACAUUUUCAAAACUUUCCUAAAAACGGGUGAAAUUACGGUAAUGCUAUAAAGUACCAUUGCCUGACACUAGGUUCCAGCAACACAUCGGCACGGCAGAAGAUUUAUGUGAGUAGGAUGUGAUGAAUCAGGAUCUAGCGAAACUGACAUCACAGAGUUGCUUUGCUUUGCAGAACACCUGAUUGGAUAUUUCCUUGUAGAAGUUUGAUGUGGAGUUUUUAAUGGUUUAAUGGCAGUGCAAUGUUACAUAUUUGUGUGUGGACAAGUGUAAAUAUGUAUUGCACAAGGUAAUAAAAUAUGCUUUGUGCUUAGUGUAAAGUAUACAUAGUACCGAAAAUAAAAAAUAUGGAAAGUGUGUAUACUC